AUGGCAGCGCCGAUCAUCACGGGAGUGGUUAUCCGGGACAAACGCUUCCUUCGCUGGGUCGGAGAAACGCUGGAGUUCCGCUGGCUUCUCAAUAAGGAUCCCGAGACUCUCACUCUCUUCUUCAAAAUGUCUGCCCAGCAAGCUAAAACUCACCUUCCCGCUGCACCCAGCCAGCCAAUCGGAGCGCCCCUCUUGUCCCCCACCCCCUACUCAUUAAAUGUCAAUGUUGUAGACAUGCUGACUGUAGUGAGCUCCUCCAGACAGUAUGAAGAGGGUCAUCCUCAGGCUGUCCUAACCCUGCAGCCUGCCUGGGCACAGAUAUUCCCAGGAGAGACAGUCACCCUGAGCUGUGAGGUGGAGGGGGACUCUGCUGACUGGAGGUUUAAACAGUACCGAAAGGGUCAAGAACAGGCAGUGUGCCAGAAACCCUCACCCAGCAUGGGGAACAGUGUUGGCUGCACAAUCAGUACCCCCCAGUAUAACCACAGUGGAGUGUACUGGUGUGAGUCUGCAUCAGGACAGGAGCGCAGUAAUACUGUCACCUUAACUGUAUCCAAUCAAUGGGUGAUCCUGCAGACUCCUCCCCAGCCUGUGAUUGAGGGAGACGUUCUGACUCUGAGGUGUCGUGUCCGGGGUUAUACAGCUACCAGGGUUGUCUUUUAUAAAGAUAAUAAAGUGUUACAAUCCAGGGCAGAUACAGAGCUGAGUGUGGAUCGUGUUUCAGAGAGUGACGAGGGGUCCUACAAGUGCAGAGCAUGGUGGAGCUCCUCCACUUACUCUGGUGACUCUGCAGAGGUGCGGGUGUCAGUGAGAGAGCUGCCCCAGACUACACUCACCCUGGAGCCUCCAUUCCCAGAGAUAUUCACCGGGGAGACAGUCACUCUGAGGUGUGGGGUUGAGGGGGGUUCUGCUGGCUGGAAAUAUCUCUGGUACAAAGACAGUGAGGACACUCCACUGCUCCAGACUGCUGGACGCAGUAUAACUGGUGACAGCUACACAAUCACUGCAGCUGCUGUGUCUGACCAGGGCCAGUACUGCUGUCGAGGGCAAAGAGGAGAUCCACCACGUUCCUCUCAGCUCAGUGAUAAAGUGACAUUAACUGUGUCUGAGCUGUUCAGCACACCCACUCUGACAGUGCUACCUGGUGCCUCAGUGUGGGAGGGAGAGGCUGUGUCUCUGCAGUGUGGGGCUCACAUAAAUAAACAGGGCACACAGCUGCAGUACCGCUAUAGCAAAGACAAUGGGACUGUGAGAGGAGCGGGAUCACAGGAUCAGCACUCAAUCCCAGCGGCAGGGCUGAGAGACACAGGGAGAUACCAGUGUGAGGUGGAGGCAGCAGGGACGGGGCUGAAGAAAAGGAGUGCUUCUGUGUCACUGACUAUGAGAGCUCUGUUCUCCAGGGUGACUCUGACAGCAUCUCCAGGAGCCACAGUGAAGGAGGGAGAGGCUCUUAACCUGACCUGUGAGGCAGCAGUGAACAAAACCCCCCACCCUGAACUCCACUACACCAUUGUGAGAGACGGGGAGCCUGUGACUAACAGCACUGACUCUGCACUGUACAGCAUAGCCAGCACUGAGAAGAGCCACACUGGGAGCUACACGUGUGCUGUGGAGUCACAGGGAGUGAGGAAGAGCAGCCAGGAGCUACACAUUGAAGUGGAAACGUCCUGGCACAGCGCUGUUGCUAUUGGCUACAGAGUGAGCUUCACUCUGAUUCAUUUCAUUGUGUUCACUCUGCUGCUCCUUCAAUACUGCAGGAUCCAAGGUUCCCUGUGUCUCGCUGGUGGUAAGUCAAGGAAAACCUCGGAUCAGGAUCAGGAGCAGUCAGCAGAGGGGAUUGAGCUCUCCAGCCGUGUGCAGCACACUGGAGUGGAACUGGAAUAGUGCUGCAUUACCAUAGACUGGAGUGGAACUGGAAUAGCGCUGCAUUACCAGAGACUGGAGUGGAACUGGAAUAGUGCUGCAUUACCAGAGACU